AGGGAUACUUGGACUGCAAGUUUGCCUGUAUGUAUGUUUUAUUAGAGGAAACUAAUUGGAGGGGAAAAAAAAAGAACAUGGAAAUUAACUAUCUUAGUUUUUCUUUCUUUUUCUGAGUGACACCAAUAUAUUCAGUACUACCUCACCUUUUCCUGUAGACCACCCUUUAUUACGAAGAGCUGCAGAGAGAAGAACAGACUGAGGAGUUGCAGAAGGAAUUUCAACCUUGUGCUUGGGAAGCGCAAAGGUUUAUCCCACUAAGAGCCUUGAAUUCUGUCAGAACAAGUCUGAGGAAUGUCGUUCAGGAUUUAAGUGGAGAGAGGAGAAGUACAGUUAAGAAGUGCAAGCUUCUGUUGCAAAGCUGUAUUUUAUAGCCAGUGGUUGUCUGUCUAUGAUGGAAGUCACAAAGCUUGCCUUCUCAGUGCUUAACCCAAGUGAGCAUGUUUGAGUGACUGCGCUUGAACCAGCCAAAGUAAAUUACUGUAUCAGGUGGAGCAGUUGGGUUUUGUAGCCGAUGUGUUACAAUUCAUGGUUUCAGAGCGUUGCAGAACUAGAACAAAGCUUUAGAGCAUUUGAGCCACUAUGUUAGAGCAUUUGAGCUCUUCUGUUGGUCCAAGGUUAAAGCAUACCCAGUAUGAACAUGAUGUUUUUCUGUGUAACAGAUAUUCCAGUAGGGGUGGGACUUGAGUGUGUCUCCAAGCAGAGUAAACGUGUGCAUACUGUCUUGGUAUAGGAUGAGGCAGAGCACCUUAGCUGAAGAUGAAAGUGGGUUCUCUUCAUAAUGCUUCAAAAGCUCUCAAACAGCCACAGAGUAGCAGUGCUACAUAUUUAGGGAUGGAUGGCUUUGACUGCAAUCUUUGACCUUCGAUUAACUUCCUUGCUUGCAUUGCCAGGCUUUUACUUCACUCCAGCAUCAUUCCAGGAGUCUUAAUUGCAUGCAGCUGUUUGGAAAGAGUAAGAGAUGGGGGCUUAAAUAGCAGGAGACUUGGAUACCGUGGUGCUGGGCGUGACGUGCUCCCUACAGGAAACUGGUGGACAAAAUAUAAACUGUUGAUUGUUUUAACUGGUAGCUCGGAUGUCCUUCUUUUUGUGUCAGUUUCCUCUGGCUUAGCUUUUGUUGCAGGUCUGACCAUUAACUGGUGGAAGCUAUAUUCUGCUGUUUUGCAAAUUAAUGACUAGUGAGUAAUAAGAGAUGGAGAUUUAUUUUCCUUUGUUUCAGAGCAAGCCAGUAUUUGCAGUGCUGCUCGUGUUUGCCUCAAAGAGACGAACCUGUUUGUAGCUGCACCUGUCCUUGUUCUUAAAGGAUUUUGUAUUGCCCUUUGUUUCCUCUUAUGUUUGAUGAGAAAGACAACUCCUUUGGCAUUCUUGAUAACUGUCUUUUUUUUUCUAAAAGCUUGUACUAGAUGAAAAUAUUCCCUUUGUCUGUUAUGUUUAGUCUAGUGGCUCUUAAAUUUGCUGUGCCAUACUUGCAUAAGUUCUGUGUGUGAACAGCUUAGCUGCUGAUUUUGAUUCCUGUGUCUUUCUUUCAUCUGCUGGAUGCUCUCCUGAAGCCUGUAGUCAGGCUCUAUUUUGAUGGGUUUGCUCUGUCUGUGCUUCAAGCUGUUAGCAAGCUGCUAUGAACGUGCUGCACAAGGCCUAAUGUGGUAAGCCUUGCAGUUAGCACAGUGACUUUGGGUCAGAACUGCUUUGCAUUUCCUCCUUCUUACCUUCUUCCAUGCUUGUUCUCACUCUCUUCUCUUUCCCUCCCACCCUCAAACCCAAGCCCACCCUGCCUGGAGUGCAGACAGUGAGGUCUGUGCAUAUGAGUGUAAUUUACUAUGCACAGAGCAGGAGCUCAAGUGGGGGCAGUACUUCAUUUUUGAAGGGGGAAACCGGGGGUGAGACAGAAAAGGCGAAAUGUGGUUCUUAUUUCUGCUAAUACGGUGGCCAGACCGGAAUUAUCAACCACAAAUCCUUUUUAUCCAUUCACCAGUCUUGUAUAUCGUUGAGUAAAAUCAUACACAGUUCAAACUGGCAUUUUUCUACUCAAAACAUUUUGGGGUAAACUUACAGUGCCUCAUUUGCUUUUUCAGUCUCGGACUUGAAGUCUGCUAUGUUUUUCUGCUGUGGUAUCUCACAGACAGGUCAGAUUUCACUUUCUGGCAGUGGAAUCUGUGGUCACCUGUAAAUGGUAUCAGGCAGGUGAGGUGGUGGAACUCAGCAAAACAAACAAAUUUGGUAAUAUUUGCUAUAGCAUUUGAUUUGUGUUAUUGAAGUGGUCCAGUAGAUUUGUAAAUGAGGCUGAAACAGCAUGACUGAUGCUUUGGUCUGCAGAACUGAAGGUGGAAUACAGUGCAUAAUAAGAGUAAUUAUUCUCUAACUGUGGAUAAAUACUGAUGUUUAGCUUCUGUGUUCUACUAAGAAUGUUGUUUGCUGAGGUGGAUUUCUCUUUUCAGAACAUCAGGGUGCAGAAUGAUUCUCUUACGGAAAAUGAUAUGGAAAAUAAUGUAUUUACAAUAUUGAAGGGCUGAGAAUAAUACUUGUAUUCUGCAGAAAUCUGACUGCAAGUUGGUGUGGAUGACUACAGCUCAGAGUCUGAUGUGAUUAUUAUACCUUCAGCCCUGGACUUUGUCUCACAAGAUGAAAUGUUGACGCCUUUGGGAAGACUGGACAAGUACGCUGCAAGUGAGAACAUAUUUAACAGGCAAAUGGUGGCGCGAAGUUUACUGGACACUUUGAAGGAAGUCAGUGAUGAUGAGAGAGAUUGUAUUGCUGUGUUGGAGAGAAUCAGCAGAUUAGCUGAUGAUUCAGAGCCUACAGUGCGGGCAGAACUGAUGGAGCAGGUGCCUCAUAUUGCUAUGUUUUGUCAGGAAAACAGACCUUCCAUCCCAUAUGCUUUUUCCAAAUACUUACUACCUAUUGUGGUACGGUACCUUGCAGACCAGAAUAACCAGGUGAGAAAAACAAGCCAGGCAGCAUUAUUAGUUCUGCUGGAACAAGAACUCAUAGAGAGAUAUGAUGUGGAGACCAAAGUAUGCCCUGUUCUGAUAGACCUGACAGCACCAGACAGCAAUGAUGACGUGAAGACGGAAGCCGUGGCUAUAAUGUGCAAAAUGGCCUCCAUGGUGGGAAAGGACAUCACGGAAAGACUUGUUCUUCCUAGGUUUUGUGAGAUGUGCUGUGACUGCAGAAUGUUUCAUGUUCGUAAGGUAUGUGCAGCCAACUUUGGAGAUAUCUGCAGUGUGGUUGGGCAGCAGGCCACUGAAGAAAUGCUGUUGCCGAGGUUUUUCCAGCUCUGCUCUGAUAACGUGUGGGGAGUUCGGAAAGCCUGCGCUGAAUGCUUCAUGGCAGUUUCUUGUGCAACGUCACAAGAAGUUCGGCGGACAAAGUUGUCAACCCUUUUUAUUAAUUUGAUUAGUGAUCCUUCACGAUGGGUCCGACAAGCUGCUUUUCAGUCUUUGGGGCCUUUCAUAUCAACUUUUGCUAAUCCAUCCAGCAGUGGUCAGUAUUUUAAAGAAGAUGAUGAUAAAAACUCAGAGGACCAUGCUUCUGCACAGGAAAACAGCAGUGAACAAAUCAGAGUUACAGAAGACAUCACAGCAGAGGAUGAGCACAACAGAACAGAGGACCUGUCUGCACACGUCGACAAUGACAAUUUUGCAACAAAACUUGAAAAUGCCACGGGAGAUCAAAAUGCAGAGUCAACUAACUCCCAGAGGGGAAGUGAUUUCCAGACUGAGUCAUCCUUUCAUUGCACUUUGUCUUCAGAUUCUUGUGGGGGAAUGGCUGAUGAGAAUGAGCGAAGUUCUCAUUGCUGUACAGCAGGACUACGGGAGGCCGGGCACAGUUCACAGGAAACCUCUCUUUCAGAGCAGGAAUUGUACAACUCUUUCCAUUUCUGGAGGACUCCACUUCCUGAAAUAGAUAUUGAUUUGGAGCUUCAGCAGACUUCUGAGAUAAUCCUUGAUAGAGAAAUUGAGGAACUCACAACGCCGGUAUCUCCAAACAUUCCUAUGGCAACAAGGAAAGAGUUGGAGGAAAUGAUAGAAAAUUUGGAACCCCAUAUAGAUGAUCCAGAUGUUAAAGCACAAGUGGAGGUGUUGUCUGCUGCACUCAGAGCAUCCAGUUUGAAUCCUCAGGAAGAGACAGUGGCCAGCGUUGGCAAGGGAACAGACUCUCAGACUGAACUAACCAGCAGUGACCAGCAAAAUUUUAAGCCUAUACUGAGUGAUAUUGUGCCUUUAAUUGGUGACACUGUUGAGAAUAUGGAUUCCUCGCUUCACUAUAUUCAUAAUGAUUCAGAUUUGAGCACCAAUAGUAGUUUCAGCCCUGAAGAAGAAAGAAAAUCCAAAGUACAGGAUGUUGUACCUCAAGCCUUGCUGGAUCAGUAUUUAUCAAUGACUGAUCCGUCUCGCGCACAAACUGUUGAUACUGAGAUUGCCAAACACUGUGCCUACAGCCUACCGGGUGUGGCACUUACAUUAGGCAGACAGAACUGGCACUGCUUGAAGGAUACCUAUGAGACACUGGCGUCUGACAUGCAGUGGAAAGUUCGGCGGACGCUAGCAUUUUCUAUACACGAACUUGCCGUCAUCCUUGGAGACCAACUUACAGCUGGGGAUUUAGUUCCUGUCUUCAAUGGCUUCCUAAAAGACCUGGAUGAAGUCAGGAUAGGUGUGCUUAAACACUUGCAUGACUUUCUAAAGCUUCUUCAUCUGGACAAAAGAAGAGAAUAUCUUUAUCAGCUCCAGGAAUUCUUAGUGACUGAUAACAGCAGGAACUGGCGUUUCCGUGCAGAGCUGGCUGAGCAGCUGAUCUUACUUCUGGAUCUGUACAGUGCCAGAGACAUCUAUGACUACCUGCGACCUAUCGCUUUCAGCCUCUGUGCAGACAAAGUGUCUUCUGUCCGCUGGAUUUCUUACAAGCUGGUUAGUGAAAUGGUAAAGAAGCUGUACAUGGCCUCAACGUCAACGUUUGUGGUAGACCUCAUGAAUGAACUUGUUGAAAAGUUCUGUAGAUGCCGCAAAUGGUCUGGCCGGCAAACUUUUGUCUUUAUCUGCCAGACUAUCAGUGAGGAUGACUGCCUGCCCAUGGACCAGUUUGCUGUGCAUCUGUUGCCACACUUACUACACUUGGCAUCUGACAGGGUUCCAAACGUUCGAGUCCUGCUUGCAAAAACAUUAAAGCAAACACUUUUAGAGAAAGAGUAUUUUCUAAACUCUGCCAACUCUCAUCAAGAAGCCGUGGAGCAGACAAUUAUGGCGCUUCAAAUGGACGAUGACAGCGAUGUCAAAUAUUUUGCAAGCAUACACCCUGCCAGUACCAAAAUAGCAGAUGAUGCCAUGAGCACUGCUUCAUCAACGUAUUAAAAAUCUCCUGAAUGUUGCUCUAAUUAAAAACACAAAAAUUGAAACAAACCAUCCUCGUGCUUCUAAAAUGGCUGAUAGAGGACAACCUCUUUGGAAGGAGACGUUUCUUGCCAGAUUGAACAGGUGGAUGUUAUCUAAACCUGAUUCCAGGGAUUUGAAGUCAAGAAAAUGUAAACCUACUUAUGUCAGCUUGACUUGAGAAAAAACACUGCUCAGAGGAUUAUUUUUGCCACCGAAGCCUUAAAUCUUCUGUCUUCCUGAACAAAUAAAACUUGAAUUGGCAGAUCAUUUUCAGUGUAGAAAGGAUGUGAUUUCCAGAGACCUGCGUUGUUUCUCCUGAGGAGUUAACUUAGCAAGUAUUUUCUGUAGCAACUGAUAGGUGAAAUGGCUGGAAAGGCAACUUUGUACCGGGAUGUAAGACCUCCAGUAUUAGCGCUCAGAGUUUUUAUCGUUCAAGGACUUGAUCUGUGUGCAGCUGGGCCCACCCUUAAGUGGGAAUAGCUUUCAUGUGUGUCAAUGGGGAAGAUAAACAUUUGGAUUUCUCUUAAGGGCUCAGUGCUAACACUAAACUAGAAUUUGAUUUUAAUCCUUAAAUGCAGCAUAUUGCUGUGCCCAUUAGCAGAAAACUUUGCUGAGUACCUGUGUCCUAAUUAUUUUCAUGCUGGUCAUGACCUAAAGGAAAUUUAUUAGCACAUAUACUUUAAGUCAGGUAUUUUUAACUUGAUCGUGAUCAGCUCUGAGGUGCAACGUUUUUCUUCAUUUACUGUACAUAUCUGUGAGCCUCCUUGGAGUGCUGCAGUCUUUAAUCAUGUUGUUUAAAGCUGUUGUGAUACAAGUUGUUCUCUACUUGUCCAAAUAAAAUUUAAUAAUAAGAUUGAAAGCAAUCUUGUGACCUUUUUAAGACAUUAAAAGAAUAAGUUUAAAA